CCCUGCAGCGGGCCGAUGAUUUCAGAAGGUACCUGCUGCUUCCGCCGGCAAGUGGCGGCGGCUGGCGGGUCUCCUUUGGCGGCGGCUGGCGGGUCUCGUCAUCCGUCAUGGCUCCCGGCUCUCCGCAGCACCUGUCGUCUCCCCUGGUCUCCACGGCGCUUCCCGCAGCGAUGCUCAGGCCGACUUCCUCCUCUGCGCGGCAGCCUGGGGGAGUCAAACAGAAGCCUUUUCAGCUUUGCAAGGCACCUAAACACGCGGAAUGAGCCUGGCUCCCAUUCAGAGUACAAGCAUCUAGUGGAUUCAGAUGAAGAAGCGUUUGAACAUUCUUCAGAGGACGUUGACACAUCUGGUUCCUCCUGCAACUUUCCAACCUACAAAACAAUGGCGGCUGUAUGUGGCGGAGUUGUGAUCCUGUGUUUGGUAGUGGUGGGUUUGGCCUAUCUGUCUGGAAAUUCAGCAUGUACACUGGUAGAUGUGACUAUAUCACGUGGAAAGAUUAGAGGUCACCACUGUGAUAAGGUUUACAUGUUUAAAGGGAUUCCAUAUGCCAGUCCCCCCACUGGAGAUUUACGCUGGAGACCUCCUAAGGAGCCCGCGCGCUGGGAAAACACUCUUAAAGCCACAGAGUUCAAGUCAAUGUGUGCCCAGAUACAGCCUGUGAGUGAGACCGGGACAGUGAUGGGUUCAGAGGAUUGCCUGUAUGUCAAUGUGUGGACACCCUCGAUGGAUCAAAAUGCCAAACUGCCUGUAAUGGUCUGGAUACAUGGAGGGUACCUACUAAUCUUCAGCGGCUCCGAGCCUGGGUAUAGCCCUACGGAACACCUGGUUGCACACAGUCAGAUAGUCCAUGUCAGCUUCAACUAUCGACUCAAUGCGUUUGGAUUCAUGGCUUUGCCACAGUUCAGGGAAGGAUCCCCCACCAACAGCUCUGGUAAUUACGGGUUCAUGGACCAGAUAGCUGCCCUGAAAUGGGUGCAGAAGAACAUCCAAUAUUUUGGUGGUGACCCAAACAAAGUCACUAUCUAUGGACAGAGCUCAGGAGGCACCUCUGUUUGGGCUAUGAUGGUGUCACCACUGGCUAAGGGUCUUUUCCACCGUGCCAUUGAUAUAAGUGGUUCAUCAGUUUUUAAAGCCAGUUUGGAAGAGGCAGAGAAGGACAACCUCAUCUUCCUGACCCGCACCGGCUGCCAGGAUGCACAGUGCUUAAGGCAGCUGAAUAUUACUAAAAUCCUUCAGUCCAUUCCAUGGACUGUAUAUCCAGACUGGGCUGCAGAGGACCUGUGCAACCUGCCACGGAAAGGAAAAAUUGCUGGGCCGAUGGCUAUAGUGGAUGGAUACGUGGUGCCUGCUCCCCCAUUGGACGUAUGGAAGAAGAAGAUAAAGGGUUAUAGUGAUGUGCCAUAUGUGAUUGGCACCAGCCGACAAGAAUCGGAAUUCGCGCCAAUGUAUGCCAAUAUUUCCCAGUGGACAGAAGAUGAUUACCGUUGGUUUGUGAGACAGAAUCUGGACACGUUUGGGGGAACUCUGUCAGAAGAUGCCUUGUCUCUGUAUCCUACCUCAGAGUUCUGCACCCAGCCUGAGCGUUGUGUGGAGAAAGCCUACAUGACUAUGGUGUCGGACCUAAGGGCCUCGUGUCCUAAUAACGAGCUGGCCAGACAAGCCUCAGCUGCACUGUCAAGCCCGGUCUAUCGCUAUGAGGUCAUCUACACCCCGUCCCAUCCAGCAAAACUCAAUAACCUCUUCUCCUACCAUAGUUGGUUCUCUUUUCACAUGCUUGAUAUUCUGGCAUUUUUUGAAACACUGAAAUACUCCCUCGAAGAGACCACAGAAGAGGACAGUGCUUUCCAGGCGCUAGUGAGAAAAUACUUCAUUCACUUUGCAAAAGAAGGAUCCAUGCCGUCUGAGUGGCCGGAGUAUCCUAAUGGGACAGCGCUACUCUCUACAUCACUCACCGUGGAGAAGAACUAUCAUUCUGCCCAGUGUAUGCUGUGGGAGAAGAAUAAUAUGUUCCAGUAUGCUUGGAUCAACUGAGAUGUUGUCAUCAGCUGGAAGCCCACAACUUAUAGCCUGAGACAGGCUGAUUACUGAGAGAUCUAUGGUUUGGAGAGGGACACAUCCUGACCAUAACAUUUUAAUAGUGAAUCACAUAGUGGGGUUAUACGGUUAUUUACCAUUUGUCAGAAAUACUUCUGGAGUUUAGGGGUCUAUCUACACCAGGCCUGGCCAACCUGUGGCUCUCCAGCUGUUGUAAAACUACAAAUCCCAUCAUGCUUUGCCACAGUUUUGCUAUUAGGGAAUGCUAAAACUGUGGCAGGGCAUGCUGGGAUGUGUAGUUUCACAAAAUCUGGAGAGCCACAGGUUGGCCAGGCCUGAUCUACACGAUAUAGACAAAAGUAUUUGGCCACACCUGUAAAUGAUUGAAUUCAUGUGUUUUAAUCAGACCCGUUGCCACAGGUGUAUGAAAUCAAGCACCUAGCCAUGCAGUCUCUAUUUGCAAACAUUUGUGAUACAAAACAUCACCAAGUCCAAUGCCAAGCAUCGGAUGGUGUGGUGUAAGCACACCAAAACUGGACUGUGGAGCAGUGGAAACGUGUUCUGUGAGGUGACAAAUCAUGCUUCUCUGUCUGGCAGUCAGAUGGGCGAGUCUGGGUUUGGCGGAAGCUGGGAAAACGUUACCUGCCUCAAGUCCGUAAGACAUUUUAGCGCUGUGUGCAAGAAACAGCAUCGGCACCCCCCUUCCAUAUGCAAAACAGGGCAGUGCGCGCCAUAGGUGCGUGCCAAAAAUAUAGGGUCGUGGCUUCAAGGGGAAGGGGCGUAGCUAUAGACCUCCCUUUUACACAUUAAGGCAGGCAGAGCUCCCUCUUACAAAGUACAGCAGGUAGAGUCCCCUUUUACACAUUAGGUAGGUAGAGUCCCCCUUUUACAUAUUACGGCAGGCAGAGUCCCCCUUUUAACACAUUACGGCAGGCAGAGUCCCCCUUUUUACACAUUACGGCAGGCAGGAUCCCCCUUUUUACACAUUACGCAGGCAGACUCCCCCUUUUUUACACAUUAGGCAGGCAGAGUCCUUUAAAAGAGCAAUGUGAAGUGGGACAUACCUCAUAGCUGUACUUGCAGUGUGCACAAAGUACUGACCGAGCAGGGUAACCAUUUGCCCACACCUUUCAUAGGGGGGGGGGGGGGGGGGGGGCAAGGCACCUGCUUCCGAGAUCUACCUCCCGCUGGAACGUCAUGGAUGAGGCUCCUCGCAGGUCACUGAGGGUCUCAGAAGUCCGGACAGAGGGAGGGGGCGGAGCAUGCGGGCAUGCAGCUGCUGUGCUGCCCGGCUACAACUUAGUAUUAUCAGUGAGAGAGGGAGGGAGGGAGCCGGGGCUCGGGCAAUUUUAAUGCUUCAGCAUUGAGGAGAUUGCAAGAAAGGCCUACUCAUUCAUCAUCAGUGCCUGUCCUCAUAAAUGCUCUACAGAAUGAAUGGGCACAAAUUUCCACAGAAACACUCCAAAAUCUCGUGGUAAGCCUUCCAAGAAGAGUGGAAGCUGUUGUAGGUGCAAAAGGAGGGGGACGGGACAUCAAAAUACUUUUGUCCAUAUAGUGUAUUAACAUAUUUCUGAAUUUAAGACUUUCUAUCACAGCAGAGUGCAGACAUAGAAAAGCUCUUUCACAAUUUAUACAAAUCAUUUAUAUAGAAACCAGGUCAGGUACUUUUCAAAGAGCGGCUUCCCAACUCCCAUGUGCAAAACAAAACAAAAAAUUGAACAAUGUUUAUUACGUAAUUAAAACAAAAAUGCUUUAUAUUUA